AGAAAUUCACGCACCAAACUCAAAUAGUAGAUUUGGGAUUUUUGUUUACAAAGGAACACCUACAGAGAUUAAAUAACAAUGAGAGCUUUAUCGCUUCGCUCCGGGAUCUUCGCUCGCGGCACUGCCGUCAUAUUGUGCAGUCAGCGCUGGUGCUCCACUGAAGCAAAGACUGAAAAGUCAGCCGAGGAGGCGGAGGCCUCCAUCAAUAACACCGAAGAGGUGGUACCUCUUGAAGCUCUCCAGAAGGUGGAGAAACAACUGGAGGAAGCAAAGUCGAAAGUGGAGCAACUGAAGAAAGAUAUCCUGUAUCGCGCGGCGGACGCCGAGAACGCGCGUCGCAUUGGCCGCGAAGAUGUUGAGAAGGCAAAACUGUACGGAAUUACCUCCUUUGGAAAGGACAUGCUUGAAGUCGCCGAUACCCUUGAGAAGGCUAUUGAAGCCUUUGCUACGUUCACUGAAGAAGAGCUGAAGGGCAACAAGAUGCUGUCCUCGAUUCACACUGGAGUGAAGCUCUCUUCCAAAGUUCUUCUCAAGCACAUGAGCAAGCAUGGUAUCGAGAAGAUGGGCGUGACCGUAGGCACGAAGUUCGACCCAAACCUGCACGACGCACUUGUCAGCACUCCCCCGACUGAUCAGGCCCCAAGCGAUCACGUUUCCAACGUUCUUAAAGAUGGAUACAUGUUAAAGAGCCGUGUGCUGCGCGCUGCCCAGGUUGGUGUGUCCCACAGCGGGUGA